UGUCAGCCAGCUAACAGCAAAGGGCGUUUAACAGAGUCAGACAAGUAGGAGGUAUUUCAGUUAGACCUCAGAUGUUGGAAUUUAUGGCUUGUUUUGUUUGUUUGUUUUUUUAAUUUCAAAACAUGUAUUCAUGCUUCCAUGGUGAGUGUUACAACACAUCUGUCAUCUUGUGCAAGAGUAGAGCAGUUUAGUAAGUUAUUUGAUUAUAUAAAUGUUGACAAACCAUGCUGGGAGUGUAACAUGGUGUUUGUCUUUGAAAAGGGCUCUUUUCAGGUGCUGUAUGUGCUCCACCUGUCAGAUUUAUGACCCAGAGCACAUCUGGUACCCACAUCUGCAUGCCAAAAUUGAGUUGUACCCAAAAAUGAAAGAAGUAUUCAUGUCCUUUACUUGAGCAAAAGUACCAAGACUUAUGUAUGCCUAGUUCAUUUAACAUAAGUGGAAAUCACCGGGGGGGACAGGGAAGCCGAACCCCUGAUUCCAGGGGAAACCAGAGAUUUUUCCCCAGCAAUGAAAACAUAUAACAGUAAUAUGUAGUAAUGUCUUUAAAAACACUUCUGCUAGUUAAAGAUGCAAAAUUCUAUUUUUAAAAGUGGGUUCCCUCCUUUCUAAGCCACACCCUACAUUUCUUCUGGUGAAAACAUUUCAUGGAUUCCAUUCCAAACCACUCAAGUGUGGUAACGCUAAAUACAAGUGACAGCUGAACCUAUGCCUUGGUCACACAGAACUCUGUUAUGUUCUGUUCACAGUAAUACAGGAAAUGAUGCUGAUGAUAUAUUACACAUUACACAUUACUCUCAAAAAUACUAAUCCCUUACAUUACAUGAUUACCCCCUGAGGAAAGUAAUUAGUUACAUUACUCAUUACAUUCAUGUUGCUCCACAGUUCCUUUUAACAAGCUUUGUGUGUGCGUGCUGUCUCUGUAGGUGCUUUGUUAAGUAUGAGGUAGUGUUAGCAGCGGUGGAGAGAAGUUUGCAAUACGGGCAAAGUGUGCUCCUUACAGUCAAGUUAUUUUCCUUACGUUCAACAAAUUCAAAGUAAUCUUUGUAUCUCCAACCGUCAAAAGUGGCUUUACGCAGUGGGGGGUCUUCAGGCAAGUCACAUGCAGCAGCAUGUUCUGCUCAUGUUGUCCCAUUUUCCCUUGCGGGUGGCGACUAACCAAUCGGUGAUGGUGAAAGAUACCUUGUGCCAAACCCCAACCAAUCACUGUUCCAUUAUUGACGGGUAGGUUCUCUUUGAUUAGGGUGGCUUGUGUGGAUAAAAGUUCAUCCACGCAAGUGUAGGUACCAAAGGUACGGUAGUGGACAUUGGACUAUUUGUUGACUCUGAUCCACAAAACAAGGGCUAUGUCUCUCACGGUAGCUGUACAGAAGCUUGUUGUAUGCAUGGUGUCCCAAACACGACUAGAUAUUUACCAUGAUUGAUAUCUUUUGAGCAUCUGUGAGGCAUUGGGGAGCUUUCAGAUCCUGUUAUUGAACAGUUCACAUCUAGCGCCAAUUUGCCUCUUAAUCUAGGGGCUAAAAUUAAGGCUAUGAUCCUGUAUCCUACUAGUGUGAACCCCACAUAAAGUGGGAUUACCCUACUUAAAGGGGACAUAUUAUGCAAAACCCACUUUUUCCUUGCUUUACGAUGUAUAAUUGCAUAUCCGGAGUGCCUCCCGACCCCUUAAGAGUGAUUUACAACCUCUACGUCAAUGUUUUGUAAACAGGCAGAGUCAGGAAAUGUGUCUCUAAAAGAGCCAUUUGGAUUUCACCCGUACUGUUACGUAACAGUGCGGGUGAUUUGAAUACUCCCGCCCUCAGGCUGGAUAUCUCCUCCCAUAUUACUCCGGCUACCUGAAGGAGGAUCCGCCAUUUUCUCGCUUCACUUGUAUGCGAUAGCCUGACCGCUAGCAUGUACAACCCGAAAGCCAAGCACUCCUGCUCUGUCGUCGGAUGCACGGACACUCAUGUUUCCCUACAUCGCCUCCCUACCAAAGAGGAUACCAGAGCGAAGUGGCUAAAUUUUAUUUUUCAGGGAAACGUCCCAGCUUCACUGAGCAAAAGCGUUGUUGUCUGUGCCAAUCAUUUCACACCGGACUGUUUCAGCAACCAGGGUCAGUAUCAGGCUGGACUGGCAACGAGAUUGUUGCUCAAAGAUGGAUCGAUACCCACUGUCCAUGGUAACGCCACAGAAGAAGAAACUCAAAGCACAUCUGUACAGCAGCCAGUGGUGCAUCAUGUUGCUUGCCAGACAGACCAACCAGUGAAAUGCACGGUUGGCACACAGCUGUCCAUGAGAACCCUCCGGCCUCACUUCAGAAGCACAGGCACACAGAAAUCAGUGUCCUGUGCUGAGGUUGGAGUUGGCACCUCAAACAUUCCCCUCUCUACUUCUCAACCAUUCCUAUCAUCAACCCCAAUCAAGAGACCAUGCAAAAGGGCUCGCUUGGAACUGGAGGAGGAGGAGGAAGAAGAGGAUCCAUUGGAGGGCAGUUCAUUCAUGGACAUUCCCGACCCCAAGGAUUCUACGUAUAAUCCUGAGGAAUCUGUCACAGUUUUGUCUGAGUCAGUAGAUGUGACACUGGAGCCUUCCUGCCCUGUUCAUAAGACACCAACAUAUAUUGUCUAUGAAAAGUGUCUGAUGGAGCUGUUUGAGGUGUGCCCUGUCUGUCGGCGUGUUUCAGACGUUCAGACAAGAAGGAUAGGCACUUUCCUCUCUGUAGAACAGACAUGCCCACAUUGUCAGUUCUUCAGAAAAUGGAACAGCCAGCCAGUUCUGGGAAGCACACCAGCAGGAAACCUCCAGCUCUCAGCUGCAGUAUACACCACAGGAGCAUCUUUCUUUAAACUUGAAAAGAUCUUCCGGGCAAUGCAGCUGAAGAUGUUUCAGUAUGACACUUUUCGCCGUCAUGCACGGUCAUACAUAGAGCCUGCCAUCAUACACACUUGGAAGACUGUACAGGACGGCAUGAUGGAGCAGCUCAGUCAGCAGGAGAGUGUUAUCCUAGGUGGCGACUUAAGGGCUGACUCUCCAGGCCACUCUGCCAAGUUUGGCAGUUACUCAAUGAUGGACCUGAGGAGCAACACUAUUGUUGACAUACAGCUGGUUCAGAGCAACAAAGUCGGUGGAAGUUAUCACAUGGAGAAAGAAGGUCUGAAGAGGAGCCUUGCUCUCUUGGAGGCACGUGGUGUUGCAUUGGACAGCAUUGUCACAGACCGUCACCCUCAGAUCCAGAAGUUCCUGAGGGAGGCCAAAGUGACACAGUACUACGAUGUCUGGCAUAUUGAAAAAGUCCCCCCCACUGACGUGAUCAUUAGCGAAUGGGCUUCUAACUCGUUUGAAUGUGUGACUGAAGCUAAUCCAGAUGCAAAUUUCACUUGGAAAAGGUCGGACAACUCUUGGCCUCAGUCUGCCGUCAGAGUAGAAGGUGCAUCAUUACAGAUUCUAAGCAUGACGUCUCACCUGAAUGGACUCUACCAGUGUGAGGCCUCAAACCCUUAUGGAACAAAACGCAGUCACCUCUAUCUGCAUGUUUCUUCAGCAGGCUGCACUGUUUAUUGGACCUUAUUAAUCCUUUUGGUUAUCCUGAUUGUUGCUGUUGCUGCACUGUUAUACCUUCAAACAUCUGGAAAAUUACAAAGAAUUAGGGAGAUCAUAUCUGGGGAUAUGCAGCCAGUCCCCCGAAGUCCCAGUGCAUCUGACAGGGCUGAUUCGCAUGAUGGCGGAUUAUGAAGACUACAGGCAGAGGCAGCGGUAGAGGAAUUAUGGAUCUCUUUCCAUGGAUUCAACAGAUGGGGCAGAGUUGGACAGGUGCAAAUUUACAGGCUUCACCACAAGCGUGUAUCAUCCCUGACUUAGCUGGUUAGUGAGCAUAUUGAAAAACUUUUUCAGUUAGCAGAGACUAAAAACAAAAGCGUUUUCAUUUCUUCUCCAACAGUAAUGUCUGCUGCUAAUAGCAAUAACAGGAUUAUAAAUCUAUCAAGUUCUAUACAUCAGAAGACAACAGGACUGAAAAUUGAGACUGUAAAACCAGCUUUUAAGCAAAAAUAGAAGAACUUGAUCAGAAACUGAGUGUCACUCUGUCAGUUACCGUUGGAUGAGGAUGUGGCUUUCAACUGCUUUUUCAGCAACAGCUCUAACUGUCAUUGUCACUGAUUGCCACAUGUUUUUCCCAACAGCAUUAAUUGCAGAUACUUAUGAAGUAUGUUUACAUGCACACAUGGGAAAAAAAAAAAAAAAGAUUACUCUGACAAAUUGGGCAAGAUUGAACAUGUGCAUGCUUUGUAGUAAUGUGGGUACUGUAAAACAGCAAUUACAAGCAGUAAGUCAGUAAAUCAGGUUUCCCCUUUCUUGUUAUGAAAGGGAUAUUAAUCCAGGGUCUAACACACUAUGACAUCGAGUAAGACCCCCCCCUCGAGUAAGAACCCCCCUCGAGAGAUCAAGUUUGCAGACCACUAGUUUAUGUAGUUUUAGCAACCUCAGAAAUGACUGCACAAUAACGGUACACUGCAGUAUACCCCUCCAACAAGAAAACUGGUAGGUAAGACACAUAUGAACUUUGAUUGCAUUUCCAUGGAGUAAUAAUCAUACAUUUGCAUCCUUGAGCUGUGGAACUCUACUGCACUCGGUAAUCGACUUGCAGGGCUUCUCCACAACAGGAAGC